AUGUCAACCGGAGGGGUACUUGAUAAUACAUCAAAUUUUAAACCUGUUCGAACUAAUGGUAAUGAUAUAACGAAUAAUUUCGAUAGUCCUAUGCAAAUGUUAUACAAACAGCAGCAACAACCUACAUCACAACAGCAGUCGUCUCAACAACAGCAGCAGUAUGCAGGAGGACCAUCGAAAUAUUUAAAUAAUAGUGCUACGGCUAGCGGCGGUGGCACAGGUGGGUUACGAUCUGGAACAACGAAACACUAUUCGUACAAUAAUAACAACAGUAAUAACAAUAAUAAUGGAAGCACGAAACGAGCAGCAGGUGGAGUCGAGAAUGCCACAAAUGAUAUGGUGAAUACACGUAAAGUUUUUGUUGGUGGUCUUAGUCCGGAUACAAAAAUGGAGGAUUUAUGCGAAUAUUUUUCUAAGUUUGGCAUUGUUGAAAGUGCGACGGUCAAAUAUGACAAAUCCGGUCGAUCCAAAGGUUUUGGAUUUGUGCUUUUCGAAGAUCGCGAUACAACAGAUAAGGUAUACUCUCAUGAUAUACAUGUGAUACGAGGAAAACGCGUUGAUCCCAAAUCGGCUCAUAGACGCGAUCAAGCAUUAGCUCGAAAAGUAUUUGUUGGUGGAUUGGACACAGAAGUAUCGGAUAAUGAAUUACAUGAUUAUUUUUCAAAAUUUGGAAAGAUUGCUCAAAUUGAAGCACCCAUGGAUAAAAUUAAACAAAAACGUCGCCCAUUCUGUUUUAUUCUAUUUGAAAAUGAACAAAGCGCCGAGGAUGUUCUACAGCAACAACGACAUACGAUUGGUGGAAAACAGGUUGAUUGUAAACGAGCAAAUCCCAAAAAUAUGGAGAAUAACAAUUCCAAUAAUCAACAGCAACAACAGGCACAGCAACAACAAUCAUAUUUAAAUACCUUCUCCUAUCAACAACGAGGUGGACCUCAACAAUCUUCAUCUCAUCAACUUCAACAGCAACAACAAUAUCAGCAAGCUUUAGCACAGGUAGGAAAUCAUGGAUUUCCAACCUGGGGAGCGGUUGCUAGUGGUCCGGGACAACAAGUUUCGAAUAAUCCUCAACAACAAAAUAUGUCACAACAACGAUCACAAAACAGUCGAGGUCAGCCCCAACAUCAAUUGCAGUCAAAUAAUGCUCAAAGUUUACAACAGCAUAACUGGUCACAAAUAUCACCAGCACAAUGGCCAAGUACAAACUAUGAUCCUCGUUAUUAUAAUUCGAACCCAUCAGCAACGGCAUCAAAUACUAAUUGGCAAGUAACUGGGCCUCCGCCUCAAGCAAACUCAUAUGGUCAAACUCCUGGUGCAAUUUUAACAAGUGGUCGUGCUCCAUCAACGGGGCCAUCAGGUCAAACAAACAACACGAAUCCACAGCAACAAUACAAUGGAAAUACGACAUCAACCGCGUUUUCAUAUGGAGGGUGGAAUUUUGGCUCAACAGCUCCACCCCAAAGUGGUUUAACAGGUGCUAAUGGUGGUUCAAUUCCUCAUCCAACAUCUUAUGCAAAUGCGUAUGAUCCAACAAGUUCGACAGCACCAUUCUAUCAUCCAAAUGCAGGCACUGCUCCCGCAUACGAUUACUCUCAAGCUGCUUGGGCUACGGCACAACUAGCAGGAUCGGGGCAAUAUGAUCGAGCUGUUGACACAGCUAAUUACUCUCGUUAA